AUGGGAUGGCCGAAUCCUCACGGAAGUCGGCUGGACCGGAGAGGAGAUCUGAAGAACGCCAUUCUCCAGGUCUUGAAUCCUGUUGAACCACGAGGUCCUUUUUUGAGUGUUGCGGAUGGGGAGCCUUUUGUCCUCCCUGGACUGGAGGUAGACGGUAUCGGGCCUAUUGGUCUGCCGGUUUCUCCACACGAAGCACAAGCUCUCAUCAGUGCCGGCCGUCCUAGUGCGCAUGUCGGAACCACGAAAACGAUAGAUGAAGCCCACGCUCCAAAGCGCUGGGAGUUAGAUGGGGACAAGUUCACCUUUGCGAACCCCGCUUGGGAGGCUCAUGUGAAAAUGCAGCUUAGCCAUGCGCUUUCCAAACUGGGGCUGAAUGCCGAUGCGAGAGAGGUCGAGAUGAGGCCGCACAAAAUCUUCAUCGACGAGAAAGACCGAGACGAGCUGCGACAAGCCUUCACCGAGUUCCUCCCUCGAAUUCUAGAGUCCUUCCAAUUUGAGGGCCUCGAAUGGAGGACAGGCCUAUACGACGACGACGACGACGACGACGACGAUUUAUACGGACUCCUGUUGCGGAAAGAGCCUCAUAUGAAGCCCUUAGACCCAGAAAUCCUCAGACAGUUUAUCCAAAGUUACGAAGAAUUGAUUGGUUACGGAAAUUUGACUGACGAGACCGCACCCAUCUACAGUGCGCUGAUCAAGCAUGCGAAACAACUACCGGAAGCCAAAAAGGCCAUCGCAUUUGGUGAAGACCUCCUCCCAUUUCUCAUAGAUUAUUGCAAAUGGAUGGGCUUUGAAAUCGGCGUUCCACCCCAGUCCUACGAGACCGACUUCGCCGUGGCCGUCCUCGACGAGUACCUCAACAGCUGCAUGCGAGCGCCGCCAGAGCGACCAGUUCAGUUGGAUGAGCUACUGUCGAAGUAUACUUGCGCAUGCUGGGACUGUAGCAGGCUACAAGUUUUCCUCGGCGACUCCAAUCAGAGAGUGGCAACAUUCCGCGUAACAGCGGCCAAGAGACGACACUUGGAAGCCCGACUCCGGCCCCUACUCACGACCCUAACCGUUUUCACCAUCUACUCUGGGCCGCCGUACACGCUGCAGGUUGAGAAGCCGAGUACCGAGUAUGAGAAGAACAAAGCCGCUACGGAAUGGGUCACCAACGUCAAUCAAUUUCAGGGAUACAUGCGGAAACUGAAACAAAACUACGCCGAGGAAGCUAUCGGGGCGGACCGCUUCCGCGCUCUAUGUAACCAUCCGAACUUGCAGAAACCGGACUGGGUGAGGGAGGCUGUGGUAAGGCCGGUGGAUGGCGCAUCUAUCCAGCCUUCUCCCCAGUCUGUAAGUCCUUGGCAACAGGGCAGCUUGACGUCUAGGAAACGUCCAUUUGCAGAUAUUAUUUGA